AUGGAGAAGGAAUUGCCGCCAGUUGUUCCAGAUUUUCGUGCAUCGGCAAUGGGAAAAAACAGUGAAAAAUUUUCCCUUUUCUUCAACUAUGGUGGUACAUUUAUUAAGAUUGGAGAUUCAACUGAAUACUUUGGGGAGAAUUCAAACACUGAUAGGUUUGGAUACUUUGAUUUGGUAGAAGAAGUAGAGAAGCUGGGGGUUAAGGAGUUUGAUAAAAUAAUGUAUCAAGAUCCAGAGAAGCUGGGAUAUGCUGGUAUGAAAGAGAUAGUGGAUGACAGUGGUGUUAUGGAGAUGAUCGACACUGGCCAUAAGCUUAGAUUUGUAAUACAGGUUUAUGUUGCUGCUAUGGGUGUUAGCUCAUCAAAUGAUGAUCUGACUGAUGAGGAACAUGCUUCUGAUGAUGAUGAAUACCUUGAGGCUAGACAAAAUUUGAGGAAAUGUAAAAACAAGAUGGUUGAAGAAGAUGGUGGAGCAAACAAUACAUUCCCAGAUUGUCUGCCUCAAAUGGACUUGGAUGGGUGUGAAAAGGGACAUAAUAAGAAGUCUUGUACUAAUCCCCAAGUUGAAAAACCUCCUAAGAAUCCAAGAGGGAGGCUAAAGAAAAAUCCAGGACCACAAUCAACCCAAGAGAAAGUUGUUGAAGUUGGGAAUCAGAAUGUUGUUGCAACUACUCAGAGGAGAAAGAAACUACAUGUGGAUCUGAAAGUUAUAAAAGCAUUCAACAAAAAUUAA